GGUUGGCAUUUCCGGGCAAAAACAAGUUUGACAGCUCUUGUUUCCUGCGCUCUCUUUUCGUUUGUGACUGAAUCCGCGAGAACAUCAAAAUGGUGAACGUGCCCAAGCAGCGCCGUACCUACUGCAAGAAGUGCAAGGUGCACCGCGUCCACAAGGUGACACAGUACAAGAAGUCCAAGGAGCGACAGGCGUCCCAGGGUCGUCGUCGUUACGAUCGUAAACAGAAGGGUUUCGGUGGUCAAACCAAGCCCAUCUUCAGGAAGAAGGCCAAGACCACCAAGAAAAUCGUGCUGCGUAUGGAGUGCGUCGACUGCAAGUACCGCAAGCAGACCCCGCUGAAGCGCUGCAAGCACUUCGAGCUGGGCGGCGACAAGAAGCGCAAGGGCCAGAUGAUUCAGUUCUAAGCGCCUCGGCGAUUACGUUCGUUUUUGUGUAAGAAAAGAUGAAUUCCGAAGGCGGUCAGGAGAAACAAGAAAAACGUUGAAACAAUAAACCCGUCACUGAUUCGGAACCCACUCUGGCUUCGGCUUUGGGGCGUUUCGGACGGUGACACACAAAAAAAAUCAA